UCUGCGUGUGAACACAAGAGUGUUGCACUUACUUUGAUUGUCCGAGUAGGUUUGUUCUGCUGCUGGUUUGCAUUGUCCUGUCUGUAUGCAGGCGUCUUUGUGUGCGGAGCCCAAUGGAGCUGGAGGGUCAGUGGUGGAAAGGAGAACUUGCAGAGGACAUCUACCAGGCCCUGCGUUACAAAGAGCUGCGGUUGCCUGCAUAUAAAGGCCAGUCCCCACAGCUGAGCCUUAGACGAUAUUUUGCAGACCUCAUCGCUAUAGUCAGCAAUCGGUUCAAGCUGUGCCCAGCGGCCAGACACUUGGCUGUUUAUCUGCUGGACCUGUUCAUGGACCGCUAUGACAUCUCAGUACAGCAGCUUCACAUGGUCGCUCUGUCCUGCUUGCUUCUGGCCAGUAAGUUUGAGGAGAGAGAAGACCGUGUCCCGAAGCUGGAGACUCUGAACAGUCUGGGCUGUAUGAGCUCCAUGAACCUGGUUCUGACCAAACAGGGUCUCCUGCACAUGGAGCUGCUGCUCCUCGAGACGUUUCAGUGGAACCUGUACCUUCCCACGGCUGCCCACUUCAUCGAGUAUUACCUGCCAGUCGCCGUGAACGAGACGGACCUGCAUGACGGCUGGCCGAUGGCCUGCAUGGAGAAAACCAUGCUUUACAUGUCCAAAUAUGCCGACUACUUCCUAGAGGUGUCUCUGCAAGACCAUGCGUUUCUGCGGUUCGUGCCGUCCCUGGUCGCAGCGGCGUGUGUGUCGUCCUCACGGGUAAUCCUGCGUCUGUCUCCGUCAUGGCCUCCGCGUCUCCAGCGUCUGUCCGCGUACACCUGGGACCAGAUGCUGCCCGCCGUCGAGAGACUGCUGAUUGCUCACGACAGUGAUGUAAAGGAAGCAAACAAGCAGAAAUGCCAGCAUCAACAGACGGUGUAUCCCGUCCCGGGUCAGAGCGGGUCCUUGCACCAGUACAUGCAGCGUCCGAACACACAGUACAUGCAGAACUGCCCGCCGGUCGUCGUUUCAGCGCAAGGUCCUGCAACAUACCUGACGUCCACAGCGCCUAUGCGUGGCCUCGGACACACACAGAACAUGGAUGCCAAGGUGAACGUGCCUGGAAGAGCUUACCAGGCCAGCGCUCUUUACCCCUGCUUUGACAGGUGAUUGAAACGGGACGGGAAAGCGUCGGACCGUUCCACUGCACAGGGGCGAGUUUGUAUUUAUUAUGUGCAAAUGUGGGAUUGCAAACACCACCACCGCUCUGAAAUGCGCAUAUGCAACCAUUCAAGUUGCAUUUACAUGAAUGCAUGCAUAUACAACAUUCUGAAUCCUUGUGAUUUGAGUGAAGAUUUAAAUCAAUAAUGUUCAUGAGGUGUGGAGUCAUCCCAAAUGUGCAAUAUUAUAAUGCUGUCAUGCACUUCCCACUGAACACUAUCUUGUGUUAAGUUUACUUCAAAGCAUUAUUAUUUACAGGCAUCUUUCUAAAUGAAGACAUCAUGGUAGUUUGAAGUAACUUAAGUACAAGAAAAUACUGUUUUUACCAACACAAGCAAGUGUUAUUUUGCUCUACCUCACUGAAUGUAGACUAUUAUUGUCUUGCGACCUUACAAAUGCACUUUGGUAUAGUGUUUUUCUUUUUUUCUUUUUCUUUAUUUUAAUAAAAAUGCAACUUUUCUGUUGUAGUUUGUUUUGGUGGUGUGCAUUUACACUGAGGUUUGUAUCGAUUUAUUAUUAAAUUCACCCUUCUCUGAUUCACACACACAUUCACAUAUGCAACUAUUUGUCUUUAUGAAUAGUUCUACCUCAACGGCUUUUUGUUUUGAGAAUCACACACUGCAAUUUUGAUUCGUUUAAUUGAUGUUGAAAAGUCCAACUGAUACAUUUGUUCUGAUGACCACGAUAUGCGAGGGUGUUUUUGUAGAGUAAAUGUUAAUAAAAAGCUAUUUGAUUUAUAA